CGUACCACAAUGAGUUGUCGAAGGGAUCAACGCUCGGCGGAGACUGUAGCGCGAUGGUGGUGCUGAAGAGUAACCUCGAGUUACCGCUCUUUAUCUUCGUCGUCAUUGUCACCACCGGAAUCGUCUCCUCCUCGUCCUCCUUGUCUGGCCUCUCCUCCUCCGGUUGCGCUUUCCACCGUCGCUAUGGCUCUUCGGCAGCCUGCAAUCGGAGGUUUUGGAUUUCAGAUGACAUGUUUUGGAAGGAUGGCAAUCCUUUUAGGAUCAUAGGCGGUGAUGUGCACUACUUCCGUAUCCUGCCGCAGUAUUGGAGAGAUAGAUUGUUGCGUGCUAAAGCCCUUGGCCUUAACACAAUCCAGACAUAUGUUCCGUGGAAUUUGCAUGAGCCAGAGCCCAAAAGAUGGGUAUUUGAAGGCAUAGCAGACAUUGAAUCCUACUUGAAGCUUGCUCAGGAGCUAGGUUUUCUUGUUAUGCUUCGACCUGGGCCAUAUAUAUGUGCAGAGUGGGACUUUGGAGGUUUCCCUGCUUGGUUACUUGCAAUAGAACCACCUCUUAAACUCAGAUCAUCAGAUAAGACAUUCCUUGCCUAUGUACAGAGAUGGUGGGAUGUUCUUUUUCCUAAAAUAGCUCCCCUAUUAUAUGAGAAUGGAGGUCCCAUCAUUAUGGUUCAGAUUGAAAAUGAGUUUGGAUCAUACGGUUACGACAAGAAAUAUCUUCAUUAUUUAGUUGCUUUGGCUAGAAAGUACCUUGGGAAUCAGACUAUACUGUAUACUACAGAUGGCGGUUCUAGAGACACUCUAGAUAAUGGAACAAUCCCUGAGAAAGGUGUUUUUUCAGCGGUCGACUUUUCAACUGGUGAGAAUCCAUGGCCUAUAUUUCAGUUGCAAAAGGAAUAUAAUGCCCCUGGAAAAUCACCUCCUCUCUCAGCGGAAUUCUAUACAGGAUGGCUCACCCACUGGGGAGAGAAGAUUGCAGAAACCGAUGCCAAUUAUACUGCUGCUGCUUUAGAAAAGAUUUUAUCUAGGAAUGGUUCUGUUGUACUCUAUAUGGCUCAUGGUGGAACUAAUUUUGGAUUUUACAGUGGUGCAAACACUGGUCAGAAUGAAUCUGAUUAUAAGGCAGAUCUUACGUCCUACGAUUAUGAUGCUCCAAUCAAGGAGUCCGGUGACGUGGGCAAUCCAAAAUAUGAAGCAAUAAGGAGAGUUAUUCAGAAGUACAGUGGAGUAGUUCUGCCUCGUGCCCCUCCUGAUAAUAAAAAAUUAGGAUAUGGCUUAGUUGAUCUCCAUAAGAUUGCCUCUUUUAAUGAGGUUCUCAAUGACAUAUAUGAUUCAACCAUGGUAGUCAAAAGUGAACAUCCUAUGACGAUGGAGACAGUUGGCCAGAUGUUUGGAUUUAUGUUGUAUGCGUCUAAAUUACCUCCAAGGAAAAGAAGUAGCAUCCUAAAAAUUCUGAAGGUGCACGAUAGAGCCCAAGUUUUUGUUUCAUGUGGUUUGGACAAAGCUGGAGGCCAUCCUAUAUACAUUGGUGUAAUUGAAAGAUGGUCGAAUAGGGAACUUCUGAUUCCCAAAAUCUCUUGUUCCUCAAAUAGCAGCUUACUUAUUCUGGUGGAAAACUUGGGUCGUGUAAAUUAUGGUCAAUACAUCUCUGAUAAGAAGGGAAUACUGUCUAAUGUUUUCAUAGAUGGCACUGCCCUUCAUGGAUGGCAGAUGUUUCCAAUUCCACUAGAUAGAUUUAGCAAUUUUACGACUCUCAACCCGAUCAAGCAAGUUUCUGAUUUGAUGACAGAGAACAUUUCCACUGGACCAGGAAUUUAUGAAGGCCAUGUCACCAUCAAUUCAGCAAAACAAAUCAAAGAUACAUUUAUUUCUUUCCGUGGUUGGAACAAGGGAAUUGCUUUUGUGAAUGACUUUAAUAUUGGAAGAUUCUGGCCUUCACUUGGACCGCAAUGCACCCUUUAUGUUCCUGCACCAUUACUUCGAGAAGGAGAAAAUAUUGUGGUCAUCUUAGAGUUACAUGCACCAAAUCCUGAUUUCACAAUCAACUUGGUGAAGAAACCAGACUUCACUUGUGGAACCAAGAGUAGAAGGAAUGAUAAUUAUUGAGAAUAAGAUUUGCUACUGAAUGUACAUACAUUAUAAUUUCAUUCUAUUGAACAUUUCCAUAUGCGUUGAUUCCCAUAACAGCCCCCAACAGUUUGUACUCUUUUGUUUUUGUAUCUAUCUAGUGAUCCAUGCUGUUCAACC